AUGUUUCGAGCCGCCGCCGCUGGGCCCUAUGAUGAGGGCGUUGCCAAGGCAACCGAUGAGAACCUUACCUCGGAGGACUGGGGUGCUAUUAUCGAGCUGUGUGACCGUGUUGGUAGCGACCAGAAUGGGCCCAAGGAAGUGGUUCAGAGUAUGAUCAAGCGUCUGGCACAUAGGAACGCCAACGUCCAGCUCUACACACUCGAGCUCGCCAACGCGCUCAGCCAAAACUGCGGCAAAGAUGUGCACCGCGAACUCUCCAGCCGAGCAUUCACCGACGCCUUGCUCAAACUGGCCAACGACCGAAACACCCACUCCCAAGUCAAGGCGAAGAUCCUGGAGCGUAUGAAGGAGUGGUCCGAUAUGUUCAACAACGACGCCGAUCUGGGCAUCAUGUACGACGCCUACUACCGCCUGAAGCAGACCAACCCUACCCUGCAACCCCCCUCGGCCCCCCAGAAGACAGGUCUCACCGACGUAGAUCGCCAGAAGGAAGACGAGGAGCUGCAAAUGGCCCUGAAGCUCUCGCUGCAGGAGGAGGAGCGGAAGAAGAAGGCCGCCGAACCCGCCUCUCCGUCCGAGGGCGCCGGUGCCGGUCCGUCCGGCACCCAGUCUGCCGCCCAACAGCAGCCGCAGGCCCAGCCAGUCCCCGCCGGCACCACCGCCGCCACCGUGUCGAGAGUACGUGCCCUCUUCGACUUUGUGCCGUCCGAGCCCGGCGAACUGGAGUUCAAGAAGGGCGACGUCAUUGCCGUCCUGGAGUCGGUCUACAAGGAUUGGUGGCGCGGCUCGCUGAAGGGGAAGACGGGUAUCUUUCCGCUCAACUACGUCGAGAAGCUCACCGACCCGACCCCCGACGAGUUGGCGCGGGAAGCGCAAAUGGAGGCCGAGGUCUUUGCCGAGAUUAAGAAUGUCGAGAAGCUGCUUACCCUGCUGAGCACCUCGAACAGCGGGCCCAGGGAGGAGGACAAUGAGGAAAUAUCGAAACUGUACCAUCAAACGCUGGCCAUUCGGCCAAAGCUCAUCAAGCUCAUUGAGAAGUAUUCUCAGAAGAAGGACGACUUCACUCAGCUUAAUGAAAAGUUUAUCAAAGCGCGGCGAGACUACGAGGCUCUGCUGGAAUCCUCCAUGUCGCAGCCUCCGCAGCCGAGCUUCCGCCAAUAUGCCAUGAGACCCGCCCAGCCCGGUUAUCCAGCCGGGCCGCAGGGCGGACCGGGAAUCUCUGGGGCCCCGUCGGGCUAUCCUCCACAAGGGUCUCCUCAGGGCCCUCCCCAGGGCCCUCCUCAAGGCCCUCCUCAAGGGGCCCCUCAAGGUCCGUCCCAGGGUCAACAUCAUCCACAAGGCCCUCCCGCCUCUCACGGGCAACCUCAGCAAGAACAGGGUUACUAUGCGCCCACACCACAAGACCAACCUCAAUAUCCUCCCCACUCCAGCCCCUCGCCUAACUUGCGACGCCCCAGCCAACCCGCUUCAGCCCCUUUCUACGUAGCCGGCACCGAAAUCCCGACCCAGGCUGCCCAUGCCCACCAUGCCCAGCCCCCUCCAGCCCAGCCCUACCCUCCUCAUGAACCGGACCCCCGCCAACCAGAGCCCAUCCAAACUUCGUCUCCGCCCCCGGUCCCCACCCCGUCCAAUCCUUAUGGCGCAUAUCCGCAGCAGCCCCCCGAUCAACAUCGCCAAAGCACGUACGGAGCCCAGGAACUGGCCACAUCCGUUUAUGAUUCUCCGAUUGCACCUCACAACCCCAUGUCCUCAGCGAAUUACAAUUACUCCUCUCCCGCUUAUUCCCCCGAUGAACAGUACGGCAAUUACCCUAAUGCCGGCUCCGGCUCCGGCUCCGGCUCCGCCAACGCGCUAGCACCCGCCGCCUUCCAACCUUCUCAGCCUUCGUACCAGAGCUACCAGCCGCCGUCGGCCCCUCCAGCCGCCCCUGAUGGCUAUAGCAGCGCGCCUUCCCAGGCCCCGCCCCCCGUACCCACAGGCCCGGCUCCGUCCGCACCGUCCGCACCAUCCGCACCGUCUGGACCGGAUCGUACGGACGCCUUCACCCCUCCUCCCCUGCAACCCGCUGGCGCGGCUUACGACGCGAGGCAGGGGCUCCCAAGCCAGCACGGCGGACAAAUGUCGCCGCAGCCGCAGUAUAAGGCGUACGUACCGCCUAGUGCGCCGUCGGGGGGUUGGCCCUAG